AUGUCCUCGGCCGCUUUGCAGCCUACCCAUCACACAACAGCUCUGGCAUCACCGCCUUUGGUCGCAGCCUCACCCAGCAGCCGGCAGUACACGUCGAACCACUCUUCCCCAUCUCACGAGGCGUACAAUGCCAAUCUGCAAAACAACUUUGCCUCUCCUGCAUCGUCACAACGCCCCUCGAGUCGACCGAGCGGAAACGGCGCGUCUGUAAACACUCCGGACCCGACUUCGCCCAUGACGUCCCGAGUUGUCCCCGCCAGCCCUGUCGCCGUCGCGCCCUCUUCCCCAGACUACCAAUCCUCAUCUUCCGAACAACGCAGAAACAUGCCUCCCGUUGCCCCCCCUCGAACGUCCUCGACGAAUUACUCGGGCGCUACUACCACUACGACUACCACGAAAAGACGCGAUCACGCUGCCGACAAGGCGGCAUCGUCACCGCGACGCGGUCAAGCAGAUGGAACGAAUGGUAAUGUCGAUUAUACCUACUCCGACGACGGUGCCGCUUCACGCAGCAGAAGAUCGCACCAACAAAUGCCUCCUGACUCCCCCCAUCGAUCGAGCGGCAACCGUCCUGGGAGCCAGCCGACUGUGAUUCCUGUACGAUCACAUGCACCUCCCCAGACAACAACAGCAUCACCCAAGCAGCCCUCGCGCGAAGCAAGCGAGGUUCUCAACCGAAUGGUGGUCUCUCAGCCUGAAGUAGACAUCGCCCGCGAAAAGGAGCGACUGGCAGAAGCUCAGUCUACGCGCAUAGGAUCAUCACAUGAUGACGCCGCACCUCCCCCAAUCGUCGGCAUGUCCGAGCAUGAUGAUGGCAGACGUGGCGGCAGAAGCCGGCAUGAUCACUCCGGGAAGCGUGAGAAGGUGGUCAGGUUCGGCGACUACGUUCUUGGAAAUACCAUCGGCGAGGGCGAGUUCGGAAAAGUAAAGCUCGGCUGGAAAAACGAUAACAAUGUGCAAGUCGCUAUCAAGUUGAUCAAGCGGGAUAGUGUCGGCAACAACCCCUCCAGAUUGGCCAAGAUCUAUCGCGAAAUUGCUAUCCUCCGGGGCAUUUCUCACCCUAAUAUCGUCCGCCUUCACGAGAUGGUCGAAACCGAGAGGCACAUUGGUAUUAUUCUCGAAUAUGCCUCUGGUGGUGAGCUGUUCGACUACAUUCUGAACCAUCGCUACCUGAAGGAUAAUGCCGCGCGAAGGCUGUUCGCCCAGCUAGUUUCUGGUGUCGGCUACUUGCACAAGAAAGGCAUCGUUCACAGAGAUCUCAAAUUGGAGAAUCUGCUUUUGGACCGGAAUCGCAACAUAAUCAUCACGGAUUUUGGUUUCGCCAACACCUUCGAUGCCGAGGAAGAGCUUUCCGAAGAGGAAGAACUCAAUCUCAGCGACCGUGACUUUGUCAAGAAAUUGGGACUGGAUAGAGUCAAGACCAAUGGCACAAGGAAGGGCGACUUAAUGCAGACAAGUUGCGGCAGUCCCUGCUACGCUGCGCCAGAGCUUGUUGUGAGCGAUUCUCUAUACACCGGCCGCAAGGUUGAUGUAUGGAGCUGCGGUGUAAUCUUGUACGCAAUGUUGGCUGGCUACCUUCCCUUUGACGACGAUCCAGCGAACCCCGAAGGCGACAACAUUAACCUACUGUACAAAUACAUUGUGAACACGCCUCUGACUUUCCCCGAAUACGUCACCCCCCACGCUCGCGACCUUCUCAGGCGAAUCCUUGUCCCCAACCCCCGGAAAAGAGCAGACCUGUUUGAGGUAGCUCGGCAUAGCUGGUUGAGCGAGUACGCUCAUGUCGUGGAGUUCAUUACUAGUAGCACCACGACGCCCAACCAGAUCCAAAACACGACGGUACCCUCGGAAGACGACGACUUUGCAGAAGCAUCUGGCAUCGGACGAAGCGCCUCGGUCCGGGAAUCCUCCAAGACGAAAGCCAACACGCCAACAUCAGUGGGAGGUCUCGCCAGCAAACACGCCAAAAUCGAUGCUGACGCCGAGGCAGCAGCCAUUGCUAAGGCGCACAAAGAUAACAAACGUCGCACGGUGCAGGUCGAGUACGUGGCUCCGACGACGCAGACACAAAGAGGAGAGGCGGCUGCUGCAGGAAGUAAGUCGAGGGCGCGUUCGAGCAGCCAAGGUCCUGUGGAGGUUGCGGAGAACCAAAACUCCCAGGAGAAGCCCCUCCCUAGAGACCCUCCUGUCUCGAGAGAUUCGUACAGAGCGAGUCGACAAGGCACGCGCCCUCCAAGUGCUCACCGCAACACGGCAGCCGCACCCUCAAGACCGACUCGCGAGACCCGGACGACCUCUGAGAACGCUUUCGCACCUUCAGCAUCAGGUGCGCAGGCUUCCGGAAGACCUCAAACAGGCGGCUCAAUGGCAUCAGGCUCAAUGGGACUGGGAGCUGGAGCUCGUGGAUCGUACGGCCAACCAAUCCCCCCGGCCGUCGCAGGUACUAAUGCUCAUGGAAGGAUUCAACAACCCACUACCCAGGAUUCACAGGCUAUGGGACGACCGAGCGUCAGCGUUCCGCCAAAGUUUGCCAAGGUUGCUGGAUUCGCCCCAGAACAACAAGCCGCGCAGAGCCAGACGCCUCCUCAGUCAAGCGAUGGCAGAGGACAUGGACACAAGCGCUCCAACACCAUCGGCUCCCUACUGGGUCGGAACGGGUCGAUCUUUGGGGGUAAGAACCGCAAGAGACCCGAAUCGCAGAUUGCAGACAAGAGUCGGAAAUACCCUCCAGUCAGCAUGCCUAACAACAUGCCUGCUGAAGGUCAGCCCCGGCCUUCGAUAGACUCGAGGGCCUCUCGGCGGUCCUUCUCUUUAGGUCUUGGAAAGAAACGCAGCGGUAGCAUCGCUGGCUCCCAAACCUCCCACGAGAAGCAAAACAGGCGUUUCUCGUUGAUCCCGCAGUCAUUUUCGCUGAGGGCUAUUGGCAUCGGCAGAGACUACGAUCGUCCGCCGUCUGAGCCUCAGUCUCAGCCCGACCUUCCCAUCCAAGACCCCCCUGAGGUUGAUGAGCAUGGAAGAUACGUCGACUCACGGGAACAGUCUCGAGGCUAUGAUGGUGGUUAUGACCAGAGUUACCGACAGCCGCCGGGCUCUAGCUCUGCUCCCCAAUUGCAACGUCAAGAUUGGCAAGAUCAACAGCAGCAGCAAGGCUACCAACAGCAGCAGCAGCAGCAGAACGUGGGCCCAAUUGGGCAGCCCAGCGCAGUACCUGCCUACAUGCAGCAGGGUACUGGUCUCAACACAGGAUCGGAGUCUUCUUUCGAAAACGCCCAAAACCGGAGACACACUGGUGCUCCGUACAACGCCAGCGGAUACUCCGAGUCUGAGGGUUACGACGGACAGCAAUUUGGCUCGUCCCGCGGAAAUGGCCGGUCUGGCGUGCUACAGAAGAAUAAGAGAUUCGAGAGCGCAGAAUACGGUGGCCAUCAAGGCAGCAGCGGAGCCGCCAAGAGAGUUAUGGACUUCUUCCGGAGACGCGGCAAAGCGAGAGGUGGCGACGAGAGGUAG